UAAUAUUAGCCUCACUAAGGCGGCGACUGUCUUUUACCAGUUUUGUGUCCACCGGCUUUCCGGUGAUGUGCUUCAAAAUCACUAAACGGAGUACGAUCUGCUCAAAAAUUUAACAUCAAUGAGCAGAAAACCUGAAACGAAAUGGCGCCCAAUGGCCAUUUCAAAUCCAUCUACAAAACUCCGAAUGGCUAGAAAUAUGCCUCAAUGGGUGAAUAAAUCUGGUGGUGGUCCAGCACCUCCGCCGAUUCCAGCCGAUCAAAAACCACCUAUAAAGCACGGAAAACAUCAAGAACCAGACUAUGAAGUAAUCGAAUUUGGAGCUUACUGCAACGCACCACCGCUUCCACAAAAAAACUUAAUUUCCGUUAACAAAAAAGAUGGGAAACAUUGCGAACUUUGCGGAUCAUCUUAUCCUUCGGUUAAUUGCCAACAAUGCAAACAAAUUUUUUGUUUGUCCUGUGAUGAUAUGUAUCAUAGACAUCCUAAAAGAAUCAAUCAUACAAGAAGAAGUAUAGAUUCUCAAAUAAGACCACCUCUUCCACCGAAAGGUGAGCAAGCUUCAGCCCCUGUUCCACCCCCAAGAAGACAUCGCCGCUCCGGUUCGAAUGGCCCAUCACCGUGCCCAAGCCCAUUACCUUUUAGAAACGUCCAGGCGACAGCAACGUUGCCUAGAAAAGAUGGGUUUUCUUUUAAGGAUAAAAUGGAUAGCUUGAAAAGGAUGGUUUCGAGACCACUUCCUCCUCCCCCACCUUCACCAUCAGGAAAUUCUGCAAGAUCUGAUUUUUCAAAUCCCAAUUCGGAUCGAUAUCGAGGAAGUGAUCUUCCAAGUCCAUCUUUACAACAACGGUAUUUACAGCAUCAAGCGAUAAUGAGAGGAACGACACCAAAUAUACCUUUAUCAGUAUCAUCAAGUCAACGAUCAUCUGUAGAUUUUGAUUCAGAUCAAUGGAAUAGAUUAAGAUCUGGAUCGGUUUCUGGAUCAGAUACGGGCCAGAAAAAUUCUAGAAGAUUCAGUAACACUUCUUGUCCCCCCAAUACUGGAAGAUUACCACAAAGUGCUUCCGUAUUCGAUUUAAACACACAAUUCGUUCAUCAGCACGUUGCUCCAAAUUCGAUGCAACACGCUCAAUCGAUGGCUCAAUUAAAUUGUCCAACGUGUUAUCAAGGAAUGUGGGUCGAUCAAUGGGGUAACGUUUGCGAUCCCCAACAAGUAGGAAGCAACGUAAGCCUUAACAUACCACCCGGAUACAAUCCAAUGUGGAUGGGAACAUGGCAUCCAAAUAUGGGAAUGUACCCAUAUCCGAUGGGAGUCAAUAUGGGCCACGUACAUUGCUCAAGACCUGCAUCACCAACUCAUAGCGUAAAAUCGCGAAAAUCUUACGUAAGCAAAAGAAGCCAGAGAAAAUCGUAUCGGAAAAGCGAUGAUUCAGAUGAUGACGUCGAUGAUCGCCGAUCGAUAUUUAGCCAUGCUGAGAGGAGCGAAAGAAAAUCGAUUAGUAGAACGAGAGAGAGUGCUUCAAUGCCGAGAGAUUUGAAGCGGAGGAAUACCAUUGAGAAAAUGGAGCGGGUUCCCUUACCAAGAAAUAUUAGGAGGGGGAGUGUUCAAGAAUCGCUAAGUGAGGAAUAUGAUGCUGAAAGCGAAGACGUGAGUGAAGAAUCACCGAAAAAAAUUGCGACAAAAAUUGAAACAUCGACUCAAGUUGGAAUAGGAACAAAAGUUGGUGUAAAAGAUAUCGAAAAUAAAGAAUGGGAGUGCGAACAUUGUACAUACGUAAAUGAGCCGGGUACAAGAAUUUGUUUGGUUUGCUGUAAAACACCUUCAGCGUUAAUAAAUGCAGUUGAAAAUGACGUUGAUGCAGAACCACCAAAAUUAACACAAUUAGAAAGAAGAAAAUCAAGCGACGAUUACAGCAAAGAUUACAGCGAAACGGAAUCUUUAUUAAACAAAUUAGGAAAAUUAAAAGUACCAGAUGAUAUUAAAUCUGAAAGGGGAGUUCAAACUGGAACGCCAGAUAAAAAAGGAAGACAUCAAAUGUCGAAAAAUAAUUCUAGUGAAGUUGAAGCGAUGCAAAGCGAAUCCGACAUGCUCUCCGCUUCCAUUUCUUUGCAAACGUUAAACUCUAGUGUGGAUAAUAUUCUGAGUGAUGAGUGCACAAGAAAGGUUUCAACCGGUGUCGGAACAUCAACUAUCAACAAUAAGAUAACCGAAACUAAUAACACCCCAGAACGAUCGACCACAUCAACCGGAACUUCACCACCCCCUCAAAAUAUCUCAACGCAGACGUAUGAAAUGAUUCAAAUCCCAUCGCAAAGUGGAGAAGAUCGCAUUAAGAGUCCUUUAUCGAAAGCCGAAUCGAAUGGAAAUAGAAACAAUUCGAAACGCAAAAUGCAUCGUUCGAAUUCUAUGCACAUGGGGAAUCAGAAUUUUAAUAAUAAUUUAAAUAGAAGUCACUCAAUGAGUCGACAAUCUUCGUUAGAUUCGCAAAGUUUACCCGAUUCUCCAUCAAGAGCCAAUACUCCGUUUGAAGUUGAUUCAAUGGAGUAUUUAGACCCGAGAUAUACCAGAAAAUAUGGGGGGAAGAAUCGAUCUCAUAGUAUCAUGGAUUUGAGAUAUAGAAACGACUAUAAUUACUGGAAUGAGCAUCCUCUCCGAAACCGUUCCGAUUCAUUUCACGCAUUCAAAGAUGAUUACCCGCCCGAUCAACAUUUCCACGGAUACGAUACGUUCAAAAACCAAGGAAUGGAAUUAGUCAAAUUACUUCGGGAAGCCGAACAUUAUAAAUACACGGCGGAUGAAGUUCAAGCGGCUUUAGUUCAUUGCAAAGAUCAAAAUCCGAUUGAAUGGUUAAAAGAAAAUUGGGAAAAAACGAUCACCGGCGUUCAAACUUUAUCGACGCAAAUGGGAAGGGAAAGUCCGAUGAAUAUCGUUGGAACUGUUUCGGAAACGGAAGCCAGAAAUGCUCUUAGAAUGCAUAAAGGUGUUUUAUGGGAUGCUGUUAAGGAAUGUGUUGAACAAAGGGAACGAAAGUAUGCAGAGUUAGCAUCUCGCGGCGAAUUCUCGCGUGAAGAUAUUUUAACAGUAUUGACGACAAAUCACGGUGAUGUGGAAGCAGCAUUCGUAGAAUUGGGCAAAACGCAAUUAAAACCUUUUUUAUUUCGAAUUUGGGGGCCACCAACCGGAGCGGAAAAUGAAUCGGGUAAUGAGGGGGUCGCAAUUGCUUUAAACGAGGGUGAGCUUGCUCACGAGGAUGAAAAAUCCCAAAAUGAUAAAUAUUUUAUCGAAACGGCCAAAGCGGUGAGUUCACUUACUAACAAGAUUUUAAAACAGGAAGAAUACUUGGAGAAGUCUCAAAAUCAGGAAUCAGAUAAAACUCAAAAUCAUCAAAAAGGAAAUGAUUAUACAACAGAUUUAAAGUUGGAACCAAAUAUUCAAAUGCAACAAGAACAAACAUGUAAUGUUAAAGAUUUAGGAGGGGUUCAAAUCGGAUCAGAUUUUAUACAAAAUAAGGAAUCACAAAUUAAUACUAAAAAUGAACCUGAUAUAUCUCAAAUUGAAACUAAACAAACUGAGAAUGAUGGAGAUAUGAAUGAUAUGAAUCCAAAAAUGGUUCAAAUCGAACCGGAUUCUAUAGAAAAUAAUCAAGAAAAUUUGAACCAUAAAACGGAUCUUAAAGUUGAGUUGAGCACCAAUACAAAACCAGAAAUUACUAAAAAACCAAAAGAAGAAAAAAGAAAAUUGUAUAUCGAAAAGAGUAGCACGGUUAUUCAAGUUAAAGAUGUUAAUGACGAAACUGAAAAUACAACUCAACAAAAUGAUUCGGAUUCUGAAAGCUCCGACUCUUCACAUCAUCAGCAAAGCGAUGAAAACGAAGGAAAUAAUAAUUCGAAUAAGGUAAAGAACAAGAACAUUAGCACACUGAGCAUUGUUUUGCAAAGCACCUCAUCUAACAAACAUAGUAGCCCAGAUAGUAGUGUAGAUGUUGGUACUAAAACGAGUGUUGAUGGAGAUGGGGAAAAUAAGAAAGAAAUUAAACAAAAUGAAGAUGUUGCGCGACGUCCGAGUUUGUUACAAAACAUUAAGAACAAUAUUAAAUUGUCGGUUAAUAAGAUUCGAAUCAAUCGGAUUCCUUCGAAGAAGUGGAAAAAAAUAUCAAAGAAGAAAAAUGUUAAGUCUGAAGAUGAUCGAUUUAAGCAAUCUAGUUCAACUGAUUCAAAUGAAAUUGAAUGUCGAGAAGAAAUAAAUAUGGGGAAUGAUAUAAAGGGGGAUAAAGUUGAAAUAACAAAGUUAUUAAAUGAGGAAUCAAAAAAGGAAGGAAGGAAACGUGAAUCUGAGGAAGUUAAUGAUGGAGAAAUAAUUCAAAAUCAAGAAAUUAAUGAAAAAGAUGUUAAAAAGAAAAUCAAUGAAGAUGAUGAAGGUGAAAGUCAGCACGAUAAAGAUGUUAAUAAUGAUAUUGAAAAUGUUAAUGUUAAAAUUAAUGAAGAGAAAUCAUCGAAAACACAUGAUUCUGAAGUUGAAGAGAAUCAAAUAAUAAAUAGUGUCAUGAAAACGGAACAAGGAAAUGUUGUAUUUGAAUCAAAUAAAUCUGAACAAAAUUUAGAUGAGCCAAAAAUUUCUUCUAAUAUCCCUGAAAUAGUUGAAGAUAAUCCGAGUAUAACUGAAGAAAGUAAUAAAAUUGAUGCAAAAAGUUCAACUGUAGAAAACGAAGGUAAUCAAAAAAUUGAAAUAGAUAAAAAGGAAGUUCCAAAAACAACCACAACAAUCCAAGUUUCGCAAAAUCCUCAAUGCAAGUCGAUAAGUAAAUCAAAAUCGUCAAAGAUUCCAAUUUUUCGUCAAAAUUCCGUAUCAAAAUUGGUACCAAAAAACGCUACCCAAUCAAAAUCGGAAAGCCACAUUCCAAUUAAAAAAUUUGGACAGUCAAAAGCUGCCGUGAAAUCACCAAAAAAUGUUAGAAACGAUCAAAUAAGUAUUCAAGGUGAGCACAAGGAUGAUGAAGGUGAAAACCAAGAAAAUGAAGAUGAAGAAAAUAUUCAGAUUUUUGAUCAAAGUAAUAUUGUAAACCGAUUGGGAAAACAAGAAGAAAUUGAUUUGGUUAAAUACGAACCUGAAAAUGAUAAAUCAUCAAGUAGUACUUUAAUUAGUGCUUCAAAUGGUGCAUUAAAUAGUGAAGUAAAUGAUACAAUAGAUGAUGUAUUACAAGGUGAAUCAAGAAGUGGGCCAAAUAGUGUAUCAAAUGAUGCGUCAAAUGGUACAAAAAAUAAUACAACAAAUGAUGUAUCAAUUGGUGUAUUGAAUAGUGCAUCAAAUGAGUCAUCAAAAAGUGCAUCAAAUGAUGCAACAAAUAAUACAACAAAUGAUUUAUCAAAAGGUGUGUCAAAUGGUUCAUUAAAAAGGGCAUCAAAAAGUACAUCAAAUCAUACAACAAAUGAUGCAUUAAAUGGUGCAUCAAAUAGUACAUCAAAUGAUGUAAAAAACAAUACAACAAAGGAUGUAUCAAAUGGUGCAUCGAAAAAGGCAUCAAAUACUGCAUCAAAUAAUACAACUAAUGAUGCGUCAAAUAAUGCAACAAAUGAUGGAUCAAAAGGUGCAUCAAAUGGUGAAUCAAAUGAUGCAAAAAAUAAUACAACAAAGGAUGUAUCAAAAGGUGCUUCAAGUGGUACAUCAAAAAAGGCAUCAAAACGUGCAUCAAAUGAUGCACUAAAUAAUACAACUAAAGAUGCGUCAAAUAAUACAACAAAUGAUGUAUCAAAAGGUGCAUCAAAUGUUGAAUCAAAUAAUCCAUCAAAUAAUACAACAAAUUCAGCAUCAAAAGGUGAAUCAAGUGGUGCAUCAAAUAAUACAACAAAUGAAGCGUCAAAUAAUGCAACAAAUGAUGUAUCAAAAGGUGCUUUAAGUGGUGCAUCGAAAAAGGCAUCAAAUAAUACAACUAAAGAUGCGUCAAAUAAUACAACAAAUGAUGUAUCAAAAGGUGCAUCAAAUGGUGAAUCAAAUGGUGCUUCAAAUAAUACGACAAAUUCAGCAUCAAAAGGUGAAUCAAGUGGUGUACCAAAUAAUACAACAAAUCCUACAUCAAAAGGUGCAUCAAUUAAUACAAAAAAUGAUACAUUAAAUACUACAAUAAAUGAACCAUCAAAAAGUGCAUCAAAUGAUACAUCAACUAAUACAACAAAUGAUACAUCAAAUAAUACAUCAAAUGGUGCAUCAAAUACUUUAUCAAAUAUUACAUCAAAUCAAUACAAAUUAUUUCCAAAAUCAAAAAGUACUGAAGAAACCAAACCAAGAUCAGCAUCUUUAGAUUUAACAGACGAAGAAAUGGAAAAACAUAAAUUACUGACACGCCGUUUAUCAUUCGGUUAUUCAAAAAAAAGUUCUUUAGAUUCAACCAGUUCAAAACAACAAUCCUACACGAAAUCCCUCGAUAACGAUAGUGAUUCAUCAGUGUCUGAAAGCAACGUUGAAGAUCUUCUCGAUCCGAGUACUGAUGAUGAAAGUUACGAAGAAAUCGAUGAGUUAGAUGAGAUCGUCGAAUCCGAUAGUGAAGAUUACGAAAAUUUUGAUAAACAAAACGCCCAAAUGAUCGAUGAUUUUGAUAUAAACGUGAAGAAUAUUCAAAGUAAAUUGGAUCAACUUGAGAAUGAGACUAAUACGAAAAUGUAUUUCUCCGAAACUUGUGAGAGCGAGGAAGAGUAUGAUGAAGAUGAUGAGGAUUUGGAAGAUUUAGAGGAGGAAGUUGAGAAUGAAUCGGAAGUUUCUGAAAGUGUUAAUGGACGAGGUGAAUUGGAUAUUGAAAUGAAGAAUUUAACUGAAAUGGAAAUAAUGGAGAGACAAGCGAGAAGAUUAUUAGCCGAGGGGCAAGUUGAAAAUUACCAACAAGCCGAAUUAGCCGUUAGUUUAUUAUCACUAAAAUUUUCAACCCAAGAAGUUCUUGAAGCAGUUAAAGAUUGCACAACUUUAGACGCAGCCGUGGCGUAUCUCCAACAAGAAUGCGAACUAUGUGCGGGGAAGUACCACAUGAACAAGAUCGUUUCUAUGUUAAAAUGCGUCCAUAGAUGUUGUCGUGAUUGUGCCAAAAAUUAUUUCACCAUCCAAAUCACCGAUCGUAAUGUGAUCGAUUGCACGUGUCCUUUUUGUAAAAAACCCGACGUCGACGAAAACACCGAAGAUGAAUUAUCUGAGUAUUUUGCUAAUUUGGAUAUUUUACUCAAGGGGAUCGUCGAACCGCAAGUUCAUGAAUUAUUUCAAAGCAAGUUAAGAGAUCGAACUUUGAUGCAAGAUCCAAAUUUUAAAUGGUGUGCGCAAUGCUCUUCAGGAUUUAUUGCAAAUCCACGACAGAGAAGAUUAAUUUGUCCUGAUUGCAGAUCCGUAACUUGCGCUAGUUGCAGAAGACCCUGGGAAAAACAACACGAAGGGAUCUCGUGCAAGAAAUUUUCCGAAUGGAAAGAAGCUAACGAUCCGGAUAAUCAAGCUUCCGCCGUUGCGAGACAUUUGGCGGAAAACGGAAUCGAUUGUCCAAAAUGCAAAUUUAGAUAUUCCCUUUCCCGAGGUGGAUGUAUGCAUUUCACUUGUAGCCAAUGCAAAUUUGAGUUCUGUAGCGGUUGUGGGAAGCCUUUUACGAUGGGGGCGAAAUGCGGGGUUAGCGCGUAUUGUGCCAAAUUAGGAUUACACGCUCAUCAUCCCAGAAAUUGUUUGUUUUAUCUCCGGGAUAAGGAACCGAAUCAAUUGCAACAAUUAUUAAUGGAAUAUAAUAUCCCAUUUGAUACUGAGGGACCAGGUGAAAAGGAAGAUAACGCAACAGCUUUGGCUAAAUGUACAGUUCAAUUACAAAAAGAAACUCCCGGUGGUUUAUUAGAUACGAUUUGUAAUAACGAGGUAUCGCCGGGACAAGCUGGUUUAUGCAGGCUGCAUUACAUCGAGUAUUUAGUUGGGCUCAUUGGUAGACAGAGAUUGGAUCCGGUGAGCAUACUCGAUCUGGUCGAGGUUUGUCAAGAGUUAAGGCGACACGGUAAGGAUGUUCCGGAGAGGACUCAAAAUUCUACCGAUCGAGAGUACCAACAAUUGUGCGCAAAGAUUGUCUCAGAAAAAAUCCCAUUAGAUUAAAAAUAUACAAACGUUGAAGAAUAAGUUGAAGCAAAAAACAAGGAAGAUUUAUUUAAAUGUAUGUAGGUUGAAAUGGAGUUUUUCAUUAAGAAUUUUAACAUAGUUUAAUUCAAUAUUUUGUAAUUGUUAUACAAGUUUACAAAAACAAAUAAAGUUAGUGAUAUGUUUUCACAAUAAGACCCA